AUGAGUACUACUGAGGUAGAUCCUAGAGUAGAAUGGUGUAUGAAGAUCAUGGAUCAAGAAGGAAUGGACAUGGAGUCGGAGGUGAUGUACUUGUCCGCACCAGUUACCCUUGGAGCUACACCAGCAGCAACUAUUGCUAUUUCUAACUUUGUCUACAGGCUACCAAUUAAGACAAAUAUGGGAGCUGCUAUUCUGGCAACCCCUAUAGCAUUUGGUUGUGGUCUGUUGGUGAAAAGGUGGAGGGAGAAUAUAAAUAGAGAGAAUAUGGCGACCAUGAAGCACUACAUCCUAACCCACCCUGAGAGGUUCCCUGAACCCAAGAGAACCAAAUAUAUUGAUCUCAUCGAACCCUGGAAUGCUGGAAGGCUCUAA